UGUGUAUGAUUCUUCUUUUAUUGAAGGAAAGACCUCAGUCAUUUUUGUUUCCGUUGUUUGUACGUAUAUAUGUUCACUUUGUUCCUGUUUUGAUUAAAAAUGUCGAAACGAGGACGUGGUGGUUCCGCGGGAGCCAAGUUCCGAAUAUCAUUGGGUUUGCCCGUUGGAGCUGUAAUUAAUUGUGCGGAUAACACAGGAGCCAAGAACCUGUAUGUGAUCGCUGUGCAAGGAGUGAAGGGACGCCUGAACAGGCUCCCUGCUGCCGGGUCUGGGGACAUGAUCGUGGCGACGGUCAAGAAGGGCAAGCCCGAGCUCAGGAAGAAGGUGAUGCCAGCGGUGGUUAUUCGCCAGAGGAAACCAUUUCGGAGGAAGGACGGUGUGUUCAUUUACUUUGAAGACAAUGCUGGAGUGAUCGUCAACAACAAAGGAGAGAUGAAAGGUAGUGCAAUUACUGGACCUGUUGCAAAGGAAUGUGCAGAUCUCUGGCCAAGGAUUGCAUCAAAUGCCAGCAGCAUUGCUUAAUGUAAAACUGAAUCCAAAAUUGUAUAAAGAGUUAUGAACCAACUCA